GCAGCGCAUUUGCGAACGGCCUCGAAUGAAGCCCGCGAAUGAUGCAAGUGCUCGAGUCUUGACCCGACCACUUACGAGUUACGACCCCGUCCCAAGCGCCGCCGAGCCCCCGCACGAGCACGGUGGAAAGCAUGGAGGCGAGCGGCGGCGGCAGCAAGCGGCGGGCCUCCGGCAGCGGCGGCGGCGGCGGCAGCGGCGCUUCGAUGCAGUCGCUCGGCGCCGACCUUCUCUGCGCCGUCUUCGCCCUCCUGGACCACUUCGCCCUCGUCCGCUGCUCCGCCGUCUGCAGAUCAUGGAAUAGGAUCAUUUAUACAUCUGCUUUGAUGAGAGAUCUAUAUUACAAAAGGAAUCCGCGUGUUAAAGAUCCUAAUAUGUUGGUUCCGUCGGAAAUGCCAAUAAAGAAGUACUUGGAGGAGCUGGCCAUGAAUGAACAUAGAUCAGCUUUCUUAAAUGGUUCCGCCGAAGUUCAUCAGUGGAGUGGGCAUCCCGAAAGGGCUAAUUUAUGUCGUAUGAAGAGAGGCGAAAUUUUAACAGGAGUAGGCGAUAAGGUACUUCGCCUAUGGUCUGCAGGAAGUUGCCAAUAUCUUGAUGAGUAUCGAUGUCCAGAUGCGAACCCGUUAAUUGAUUUUGAUUUUGACGAGAACAAGAUUGUUGGUUUGAGUAGUUCGCGACUUUGUAUAUGGAGACGUGAUGAACGAAAAGGUCUAUUCCAAUCACGUGAAGGUAUCUUCCCACGCGGCUUAUGCAUGAGUUAUAUUGAUCCAGAGGUUGUGAUUGGUUGUGAGGAUGGCAGAGCUUGUGUAUUUGAUAUGUAUAGCCGGAGCUGCUCAAGGAUAAUUAGGCUACAGAAUGGCCCCGUGACAUGCUUGACGAUAACAGAUGAACAGUUGAUAGUCGGCGGUUCUACAUUUGGGACAAUUGCUGUUGCAGAUCUAACCUCUGGUGAACGAUUAGCUUUUCUGAAAUCAUCGUUUGCUCCUACAGGGAUGAAAACUUUGUCUUUCAACAUGAAUUCUUUCCUAUUAUUUGCAGGAUCAACCUCUGGUUAUGCUCAUUGCUGGGACCUCCGGACUCUCAGACCACUUUGGGAGAUGCGAGUUAGUCCAAAUGUAAUCUAUUCGACCCAUCACUUGAAUAAUGACACAUCGAUGUUAGCUGUUGGUGGGCUCGAUGGUGUUCUUCGCAUUCUAAACCAAAACACUGGUGAAACUCUUAAAAGCUUCGUCAUCGAUCCCGGGAAUACAGUUCCAAUUUCUUCCAAGGUCAAGCAUCAAGCCAUUGAAAAGAGAAGAGUCAGAUCUCUAUCUGAAGACAUCCGCGUCGAUAGCAUUCCUAGACACUUGCGGCCUCCCAUUACGUGCCUCUCCGUUGGCAUGAAGAAAAUUGUAACAACCCACAAUGAAAAUUUCAUUAGGUUGUGGAGAUUCCGCGGGUAAUUUGGAGAAAUAGUUAUAGAAAUCUCUCUAUUUUUAUCUCUAUUUUUUUAUCUGCAAUAUAUUGUAGCACAGUAUUGUCGUUGAUUGGGUUCCAUAGAUUUGGUAUGCUUUUGGGCUCUACAGAAUUAAGUUAGUUGAUAGGUAUUGAAAGCAUCGUUGGUUUUAUUUUUC